AUGUCGUACCCAGACCCAAUCAUCCCCAAAGCCCUCCCGGCCUCCGCCAAAAUCGCCUUCAUAUCUCCCUCCUUGCGCAUCAACACCGUCCUCCCAGCGCCGCUCGCCCGCUCCAUCGCGCUCUUUGAAUCCCUCGGGCACAAGGUCACGACCAUCUUCAGCAACACGGGCGAGGACGAAGACCCGGUAUCUUCAGACGGCAGGUCCGUCCACGCCUCGAUAGCCAACCGCCUCGCCGAGCUCCGCGCCGCCUUCGCGGGCGACUUCGACGCCGUCUUCUGCACCAUCGGCGGCUCCACCAUGACGCAGCUUAUCCCGUACCUGGUUGAGGACGCGGAGCUCCUCGAGCUGGUGAGGAAGAACCCCAAGAUCGUCGUCGGAUACUCCGACAUCACCGUCCUCCACUGGUCCCUCCGCGCCCUCACCGGCCUCCGUACCUUCUACGGCCCGGGCCCCAUCGCGGAGUUCGGCGAGGCCCCCACCUCGACCCGCGAAUCCGUCUCCCGCUUCCUGAGCGCAGCCGUGGACGGCAACAGCGGCGAGACGACGAAGGACGUGGACGACGGCUACCUCCAGGAUUUCCACCUCGCGCACCUCCUCUCCACGAUCUCCUCCCCCAACACCUUCCCCGGCCCCGUCCCGCGCUCAAAGUACUACGCCCCUCUGCCCGCCUCCUACUUCUUCACAGCCCCAACCGAAACGACCCCCCGCGCCCUUUUCCCCACCCCACCGUGGAUCUGGCUCCGCCCCGGCCGCGCGGAGGGCCGCCUCUUCGGCGGGUGUCUGACCGUGGUCUCCCGGAUCCAGGGAAUCCCGCGCAUCACGCCCGACUGGCGCGGCAAGGUCCUCUUCCUCGAGUCCGCCAUGGCGGAGGGCGACCUGACCAAGGGCAACCCGCUCGAGCGGGUCACGCAGGCGGUGGCGGACCUCGCGGCGCGGGGCGUCUUCGACGAGAUCUCGGGCCUGGUGAUCGGGCGGCCUCACGGGUACGACUCGGAGCGGGCGCGGGCCGAGUACGCGGCCUCGUUUACGGGUCUGUUGUGCCACGGGCGGUUUGCGAAGAGGCCCUUUCCGAUCCUGAUGAAUGUGGACACCGGGCACACCUCGCCGCUGGUGACGUUGCCGAUGGACGCGAUGGCGGUGCUGGACUCGGAGAGAGAUGAGUUUGCUAUCGCGGAGACGGUUGUUGUCUAG